AUGACGUUUGUCAGCAUAACUUUUAUGGAAAUUUUGAGCCAUCUAAAGGGUCUCCCUAAUCUUAAUGAGAACUGUCCUCCGACCCCUAUUCGUAAUGUAUCUCAGGCUACGAAGGAUACUUAUGACCAGUGGAUAAAGGCCAACGGAAAGACUUGCAUCUACAUCUUGGUGAGCUUAUCUAAAGUUCUGUGCAAGAAGCAUGAUGUCAUGGAAACUAUGAAGGAGAUUAUGGAAUCUCUCCAGGAGAUGUUUGAACAACCAUUCUAUCAGCUCCACCAUGAUGCCCUCAAAUACAUUUACAACUGUCACAUGAAAGAGGGCACAUCUUUUUGGGAACAUGUCCUAGACAUGAUGGUCCAAUUUUAUGUAGCAGAGGCAUAUGGAGUGGUCAUAGAUGAACUCAGUUAG